AUGGCGCGCGGCAAGGUCGCCAUGAGGCUCGUCGGGAACGCGGGGGAGCGCGCCAGGAAGCACGCCAAGAGGACCGCGGGGCUCAAGAAGAAGGCGUCGGAGCUGGCCACGCUCUGCGGGGUCCCGGUCGGGCUCGUCUGCACCGGCGCCGGGGCUCCGCCGCUCGUGUGGGAGUCGGAGGAGGGCGUGCUCGAGAGGUACCGCCGCGCCGUCCCGCCGGAGGCCCGCGCGGGGCACACGCACCGGGCCUACCUCGAGACGGAGCUGGGCAAGCGGAGGGCCAAGUUCGCUAGGGCGCGCCACGGCUGCCCCGCCGCGCUCCCCGACUGGGACGAGGCGCUCAACGACAUGACGCUGGACGAGGCGCGGGAGCUGCUCCAGGCCAUCGACGCCGCGCUGCGGGCCACGGGAGACAGGAUGGAGGCGCUGGGCUUGCCUGAUGGCCGCGGCCACGGCCCGCUCGAUCAGCAGGUCGCGCCGGACUCUUCCGACGACGCCGUCAUGCUGCAGCAGCUCGGGCACGGUGUCGGCGUGCCCUGGGCCGGAGGCUACCCCGUGGACAUGGCCGACGCCGCCGGCUUCCAGCAGCUGCAGAUGGUGCCGUACGACGGCGGGAACAACGACGGCCUGCUCGAGCGAUUCCCAGGGGGACAUGGCUUCCAGAUGCAACGAGGGUGCGCCGGCGAUAACUACUCGGGCGGCUGCGACGGGAUGAUCGCGCCGGGCAUCACCAAUGCUGACUACAACUACUCGGGCUGCGGCGACCGGAUGCUCGCUCCGGACUUCGCCGAUGCUGGCUACAAGUACAACUACGCGGGCGGCGGCGACGGGAUGCUCACGCUGGGCCCCGCCAAUGCUGGCUGCAACUACUCGGGCAGCGGCGACGGGAUGCUCGCGCCAGGCUUCGCCAAUGCUGUCUGCAACUACUCGGGCGGCGGCGGGCAGAUGCUCGCGCCGGGCUUCGGCGACGCUGGUUACAACUGGCCUGAUCUUACCAUGUGGCACACCGACGAGGUGUGCGACACAGCCAUGCCACGUGGGUAUUACCCUGGCUUCGCCGACGAGCACUACGCCGCCGAGGUCGCCACCGGUGGCAACUACGUCAACACACUACCAUCUGGGUACAGCUACCCCAUGGGCAUGGGCAUGGGUAUGGGCGUGGGCGACAACUUCACCAGUCUGGAGAGCAGCUACACGGCGGCGCAUUGGCAGGCCGAGGCGUUGCAGCACUCCGAUACCAGCACCAGCACCGGCGAGCUGCUGUCAGCUGCAUCAUCGCCUCGUUAUCUCUACUAGACUAGUACUUUUGUCACCGAAGGUGUUUAGGUCCAGGAGGAAGAAAGCGUUCUGUUACUAGGGAAAGGAAAAUGCAGUGGUAGUUUCGUAGCUAUAGCUACUAGAAUAUCUUAGUUCUA